CUCCCGGUAUACAACCUUGUCCAGAAUUCAUUCUAUACCAACAUUCGCCGCAUUGACAAGAUGAACUCAUUAUUUAACUCUGCUCUGAAGCAGUCAUCGUCUAUUCGCCGAGACCUAGAUACCUUUGCACAGUCACCAAGCACCACCUCGCCUGCGUUACAAGGUGCGCUCCUUCAACUCUCUACAAGACAACGCAUUAACUCUGAACUGCAGGCCAGCUCGCCGCAUCUUUGGCAUCCCUGUCCCGCACACAACAAAAAGCCUUCGACCGAAUCAAGAACUUCCGCAAUGAGCUCGCAGACUACCGCACGCAAUUCGACCGACUCCGCAAAGAGCGCGAAGACGCACAAUCUACAACAAACCGCAACGAGCUCCUCGGCCGACGCCCCCACCACGCCGCAACCCCCGAGAACCCCUACGCUCAAUCUUCCCUCUCCCCAAAGCUCAGCCUUCGCCCCAACAUCCUCAGGCCUAGGCUUCGGUGCCGGUCCAUCAAACUACAACCGCGAAAGCCACGCGCUGCGCGAACAAUCCUUCAUGUCAAACACACACACCCAGCUAGACGACUUCCUGGACCGGGGCCGGGCGGUGCUCGCUGAUCUGGGUGAGCAGCGCGAGAUACUGAAAGGUACUCAGCGACGAUUGUAUAGUGUUGCGAACACGCUCGGCGUAAGCGGGGAUACGAUCCGGAUGGUGGAGCGGCGCGCGCGGCAGGAUAAGUGGAUUUUCUGGGGUGGAGUUAUUAUUUUCUUCUUGUUUUGUUGGGCUGUGUUGCACUUUUUGCGGUAA